AGAAUCAUGGAGCAAGCAAAACAAAUCGAUGACACGAUUCCGCUGCCGGGAUCGAAACGGACGAUUUUUGAAUUCGGACGAUUUGAUCAUUCCGAGAUUCCGCUGGAGAAAGAAGAGAUACCUGUUGUUAUCAUUGGAAGCAGUAUGGUGGGUAUGUUUAUGGGCCUGUUGCUCGGAUACCAUGGGUUUCUAUCACCUAAUGUUCAGGUCUCAGCNAUUCACUCGAUAUCUUUCGACCGCCAUCCCUCAACGGCAAUCCAUCCACGGGCGGCUUUGUUUCUACUCCGCACGGUCGAAGUGCUACGUCAACUCGGACUUGAGGACUUGUUCGUGGCAGAGAGCGANAAAAACUUCGAUCUUGACGCCGGAAUGCUUGUUGUGGAGAAACUAUAUCAGGGCAAGAUCCUUGCUGCACAUCAGGAAAGCGACCCGACUGAGGUCGCCAAAGUGACACCAUGCAAACGUCUCUGGCUCACACAGGAUAUGUUUGAGCCCCUCCUACGCCGAAAUGCUGCCAAGUAUGAUGCAGAACAAAGAUUUGGCCAGGUGGUAAUGCACUACGAGGAAUGUGCAGAUGGAGUCAUCGUUGUCGUCCGAGACGUGGAGACCGGCGCGUUGAAGAAACACAAGACCAAAUAUCUCGUCGCUGCUGACGGCAAUAGGAGUGCCACAAGGCAGUGUGAAGGCAUUGAAUGGCAUGGCCCAGGUCAUCUUGCCAACAGCAUCUCCAUCAACUUCAAGGCAAACCUGGUUCCUUACCUAGGCACCAGAGCAGUUCAUGGUGUGACGUACAUCAUGAAUACUCACUUUACCGGAGGAUUUCGACUCGAUGCCGGCGGCAAAGGUGGUUUCUUGAUAGUUUCCAGAGCCAAGAACAGGGAAACCGGAUUCAAGCCCGACUCGGUGUCCGCUAACGAAGCACGCCAAUUUUUCGAAGCUUGUUCAGGAAUCGACGCUGAUGAGUGUGGAUUCGAGGUCGAUUUCAUUUCGUAUUGGACGGUUGCUGCUUACAAUGCAGACAAGUACACCAGUGACGCUGGGAGGGUCUUUCUCAUGGGUGAUGCAGCACACACAAUGCCACCUGCUGGNUCAGUAUCUAUUCUGGCGAGGUGA